AUGACUUGCGGGUGUGCUGAUACCACCUCGCAGGUCGUCCGCCACCCUGAGGCUGCUCGAGAAGAGAUUGCUCGAGCCGUGCCUCGAUGGGACUUUUCGGGACUCGCUGCGGGCGCUCAAAAGGCCGCGCCUUUCGCUUGGCCUGAGACCAGACCCAAACCAGCCGCCACCAUUUCUUUCUCAGUCUUCAAACAGUCCUUCACCACCAAUGUCAAUUACUUGAAGCGAAGGUUUUCCUCCGGGGACCUUUCCUCCGAGUUUGACGAUGAGGCUGAAGGGCAGGCGCCGCCCACCGCGACGGCCCAGCAGCAGCAGGCCCCGCCAGCCCAGCAGGCGGUGGCCGGCGCCGCAGCUACCCAACAGCAGCAGGGUGACCUUAGCCUCAACCUGAGACCCAACAGCCGCACCACCAGCGCGCCUUCGUCGCCCGCCAAGACCAGGGAGAGCCUGCUGCAGAGGGUGCAGUCCCUGACGGGCCAGGCCCAGGAGAGGGGGGCCGCCAUUCUCAGCGCAGUGCCUGUAGCCUCCAUUCGGCCUUCGUACAACAAGGAGCGGUGCUUUACCCUGCUUGUAAUCGAUGACCAGAACACUGAUUGGUCGAAAUAUUUUCGCGGCAAGCGUCUGCACGGCGACUAUGACAUCAGAGUGGAGCAGGCCGAGUUCAGAGAAUUGUCGCUGACUGCUAGUGCCGAUACUGGCACAAUGGUGUCGAUGGCGGUGUUCCGGAAUGGCACUAAGGUGGCUCGAUCCUUCAAACCAGACUUUGUGCUCAUCAGACAGAACCUGCGUGACGCCGGCGAAGAUUAUAAAAACCUGCUGCUCGGUUUCAAAUUCGGUGGCGUGCCCAGCAUUAAUUCCAUCAACGCAAUUUACAAUUUCCAAGAUAAACCCUGGGUGUUCGCGCACUUAUUGCAAAUUCAGAACCGCCUGGGCAAAGACAACUUCCCGCUGAUUGACCAGGUUUACUAUCCAAACGCAAGAGACAUGCUAAGCUCGUCGCGCUACCCUGUAGUAUUCAAAGUGGGCCACGCGCACAGCGGCCUUGGAAAGGUUAAAGUUGAGACGCCGUCAGACUUCCAAGACAUGGCGAGCGUCGUGUCUGUGGCCGGCACCUAUUGCACCACUGAGCCUUUUGUCGACGCCAAAUAUGACAUCCACAUUCAGAAAAUUGGACAGAACUACAAGGCAUUCAUGCGCAAAUCGAUCUCUGGUAAUUGGAAGACAAACAUGGGGUCAGCAAUGUUAGAGCAAAUUCAGAUGACUGAUCGCUACAAGUCGUGGAUAGACAGCGUGUCUGAAAUGUAUGGCGGGCUCGACAUCUGCGCCUUGGAGGUCGUUGUCGGCAAGGACGGCCGCGAAUUCGUUAUCGAAGUUAAUGACUCGGCCCUCAGCUUGAUGGGAGACACACAGGAAGAGGACAGGAGACACAUCGCUGACCUUGUCGUGUUUAGAAUGCAGAACUCGACGCGGCCCGCGAACCAGGGUCCACCUCAGCAGCCGCCACCAAAGCUGCCGAAUCUGCCGUCUGCAGGCGCGAUCGCCCCUCCGAUUCCCCAGCGGUCGUCCGUCUCCAGCCAGGGCGCAAUGUCACCGAACGAGGAAAGGGCCGCCCUGGGCCUGAGCACCGACUUGCCGGCAUCGACCUCUCCUGGAAGGGAGCCAGUUCAGCGCCGAGAUUCUCAAGCCUCCCAAACAAGUAAUAUCAGCAGCGUUUCGGGUCAAAGAGACGGUAACAGGCCAGCUUUCGGUCGGCAGGGCAGUCAACAACAACAACAGCCGCAGGACGACAACGAGGACACAAUGAAGAAUCUGCGCAAGACGUUCGCUGGCAUCUUUGGUGAGAUGUAAGUCGCGCCAGCGGGCAGACAAUACAAUUACUACACGCGAGAGAGUCAUAAUACCACAACCACUCAUGGAAAUUAUUACCAUAUAUGUUCUUUGAAAGAUGCUAGCGGAAUUGUAGUCCCACUGUAUUAGAGGUAGAUGUCUUGUAGCGGGGUUGCGAAUGGAUCAGAGUUGUCAUAUCAAAACAAUGGAUCUGGAACACAUCAAAGCGCUAAUAUCACAUGAUGCGAGCUGGUCAAAAUUCAUUCCCAUAUGCAAAUGUUGGGAAGUUUUUGAUACAAAAUUUUGUUGCCGAAACGAAAGAGUUUUUAAUUUCUCGCUACCAAAAGUGAAUUAUAUUAAUUACUGCAAUUAAAUUUGUUGAAUAAAUAAAAGCUUCUCGCAGAGAUUCUUAUUAAAUAAAAUAAAUUUAAAGUUCAAAAGAAUGGCAAUAAAUCGUAACUUGUAGUUAUGUGGCUUUGAAAAUAAAAUCAUUAAUAUAAUAUAGUCAGCGAAUUACGCGCACUGCUACUCAUCAUGAUGUUGUUAAAACGAAUGGCAGAGAACUCUCUCAAACGUACACCAUUUUUAUGUAAUUUACAACGAAGUGGACUGAAUUAGUGAAUGCGGAGGAGGGAAAUUAAUCAGUUAGCAGAGAAGCGAACGGACUGUGCAAAGUCAAAUUAUUAUUAUCAGCCGAAAUGUCUUCUUCUUUGUGUAGGCUUGAAAAUCCUCGCAGCCCCAUUUAGUGGUUAUGAGUGACACAUACAUGAAAAUUCGAGAAUUCGCAACCACGAAGUAAAUACACAUAACAAACCGCAUUAUAAAUAACCCAUGGAAAAGUUGUACUUGUUUGUGUGUGCAAAGGAAAAAUGAAACAGAGAAAAAAUAACACAUGCUAAUACAAACUCAUUCUCAUUAAUUAUAACUACCGACUAUUAAUAACAACAAAGGUAUUAUGUACUGUAUGAUACACGAAUGGUGUUAAAACAAAUAAUUGAUGUGCUUGGGAAAAUAUUACAAUAUAAUGUGUGAGGCGCUGCAUAUAUGGUUACAUUAUACAUUAAUCAAUAUGGGAACGUUACUAAUAAACGAAUUAAUGCAAAGGUGAGGAAAAUUGAUUAAAUGCGUAUAUAUGUGUGUCGUUCUGUUACCUCUGUGAUAAUUGAUUAUCAACAUCAAUGCGUUGUGUUGAUUAUUAUCAGAUGCUACUAUUUAAUAUUUUGAACCUAUAUACUCCCUCACCCCACGAGUGGAUCAUGUGAAGUAAUAAAUUAAAUUAUCGUGCAUUACACAGGUUGAUAUUUGACGAAAAAGAGUUAUGUAACUGUUGUUGUUUCUAUUUGCUGAUACUGUAAUAGUUAAAGGUUGACAGAGCGAGUCUGAAAUUUGGCUGAAAUUUGAUGGAAAUCGGCAGGAUUAGCUUUUCUACAAACACUAACUCAGUUAUAAGAUCAACACUCGCCAAAUGGAAGUUGCAGAAGAAGUCCCAACCAAACUGCCCAGGGCCAAAAUCAAAGUUUGCUUAAUAUCUGAAAGGAGGAAAGCGAAAGUUUUGAGUGGCUUCUUGGGUCGUGGGUUGGCUUCAGUCCGAUUUCCUUGCUCUAAAACUACACCAAUAUAUAGUUAGCCGAAAGCUAGCAUGAAAUAUAUUUGUCGGUUUUCAUCAAUUUCAGUCGUCUUCCAGCGCAAGCCGCUCUGUGUAUAUAUUAUUUAUUGCGCAAUUUAAAAGACACAGCGUAGGUUUCUCGCGAGAAAUGGUGUUGAUGAAACGUAAUUUAAAAUUAACUGCAUGCGUUCAGUUGUUUCACGCGACUAUUAAUUGUAAACGAACGAAAUACUUCCGACAUAAUAGGACACGAUGACGACAAAAGCGCUACCCCUCUCUUGAUCUCUCUUCUCUAAAGUUAAGUAGUUUUAGCGCCGGCGACGUACUCGAUCUCUCUUCAAAUACACACGAAAAAUAAAAACAAAUAUACACACACGCAAACGCAAAACCAUACCAAAGAUACAGGAAUGCAUUUCGGCGUAGGCAGGUUUAAUACCGUGAAAAAUGGGCCUAAAUAGCACUCACACUCGUGUAAAAACGUUUGUAAAUAUUGUUCGAUUCGAAAAAGCUGCGUUGAAAAUUUUAUGCUGUGUUCAUAAAACGAGCUGUUCAUCGAACAAUAAAUAAUUACAGUGGUUGAACUGCUCACGACACUGACAGUGAAUAAAAAUGCAUGGAUUGUUCUUACACCAGCCUACGCCCAAAAUUAGAUGUGGAAAGCACACUGAUACUGAUACAUAAAAUAAAAUUGAAGAAAAAUUAUGAAAAAG